CAGUUACACUUACAAUCUAACUCUAUAAGUUUCCUCUCUGCACCAAUUUUCCAGUGCACUCUUUUUCAAAAUGUUCCGAGCAGUGACUAUACUUCUGCUGGUCACCUUAACAUCUGGCCUAGUCCGGUUCCAGCUCAAGAAAACCCGCUCCGUAAUGGACGACCUUGUGGCCUCCAUGAGCUUUGAAGAAAUAGAGAGAUUAAACGAUCACACCAAGAAAGAGGCUUUAAAAGGCAAGACAGACAUAGUGCUAAAAGACGUAAUGAAUGCACAGUAUUUCGGUGAAGUCGGUAUCGGAACACCUCCACAGAUGUUCAGAGUGAUAUUUGAUACGGGCAGCAGUAACCUCUGGGUACCCAGCUCUCAUUGUGGUAUUCUUAACAUUGCCUGCAGGACUCACAGGAGAUACAAGGAUUCUUCUUCAUCGACCUUUCAGAAAAACGGAACCACUUUCUCAAUACAGUAUGGAACAGGGAGUCUCACCGGAUACAUCAGCAAGGACAAUGUUAAGAUGGGCGAUAUGACUAUUAAAGGCCAGCUGUUUGCAGAGGCUAUUAAGGAGCCAGGAUAUACUUUUGUUGCGGCCAAGUUUGAUGGUAUACUCGGGAUGGGAUUCCCUACUAUAGCUGUUACUGGAGCUGUUCCUGUCUUUAACAAUAUGAUUGAUCAGAGUCUUGUAGAUGAGCCUGUGUUCGCGUUCUGGCUCAAUCGCAAACUCGACGGAGAAGAUGGAGGAGAACUGACUCUAGGAGGUAUGGAUCCUGCUCACUACACUGGUAACUUUACCUGGGCUCCAGUCACACUGUCUGCCUACUGGGAGUUUAAAGUGGACGGGAUGAUGUUUGGAGACAGACCCCUCUGUGCAGGUGGGUGUAACGCUAUUGCUGAUACGGGAACCAGUCUGAUGACUGGACCUACCCACGAAGUAGCUCAGAUCUACGCAGCAGCUGGAGCUACCCCAGUUAGCGGAGUUGCUAUCAUAGACUGUACCAAGAUAAAGAGCCUACCAAUGUUUACUAUUAUGAUCGGAGGGACUAAGUUCACACUCACUGCAGACCAAUAUGUUCUCAAGGUAACAGAGCUAGGACAGACUCAGUGUCUCCUCGGCAUCACUGGUAUGGACAUCCCCGCACCUGCUGGCCCUCUCUGGAUCCUGGGGGAUGUUUUCCUAGGUCCUUACUACACUGUCUUCGACAUGGGCAAUAAAAGGGUCGGGUUUGCUGCCGCCGCUUAAAACACGCAUCAACUAACUAGUCAUAAUGAUCUUCAAGUGACAGAAUUCUACUUCGCUGAUUGGUUUAUUGUUUAGUUGAUUGUGUUUCAUGUUUUGUUAUGGUCCGUGAUUUUUGUGGUAUUUGGUUUAUAAUAUAAUUUUAUGUAUAGUGAUAAAACGAUAUACCGUUCAAGCA